ACACCCUCCCGCCUUUCUUCCGCCGCUGAAAGGCAUUUGCGCCCAGAGGCGGUUCGACACUCUCGGUCCGAUGCGGGGCUGCUGUUCCCGCCGCCCAGAGCCCGACUCUCCGCCUCCGUCCCCCGCGUCCCGGGCGGCGCGCGCCUGAGCCGGCCCGCGUCCCCGCGUCCCCGCAGCGCGCACCUGAGCUGGGCCGCGUCCCCGCGUCCCCGCGCGGCGUCUGGGCAGCGGAGAGGCGGCGGGAGCAGCGCGGGACGUCGGCUCCUCGGCCUAGCGGUGAUGGGCUCCCUGCAGCGUUCCAGCCCCUGUCUCUCCUGGAGAAGAGUCCUGUGCAUCUUUUUCCUGCCAUUUAUUUCAUCAGGUUUUGCUCCUCGGGUGAAACACAGAGAUAACUUUGUAUUUGAAAACGACCAGCUGAAGCCAGACCAGCGCAGCUUUAACUGGUCGCACCUGACCCCGCUCAAGCUGAAGGACCGCUCGGUGGGGCUUCAGACUGAAGAGAGAGCAGGAAGGAACCCGUACUUCACGCUGGAGGGUCAUGAGUUCCUCAUCUUCGGGGGCUCCAUCCACUACUUCCGGGUGCCCAGGGUCUACUGGAGGGACCGGCUGCUCAAGCUGAGAGCCUGCGGCUUCAACACCGUCACCACCUACGUUCCGUGGAACCUGCACGAGCCGGAAAGAGGCAGAUUCGACUUCUCUGGGAACCUGGACCUGGAGGCCUUCGUCCUGUUGGCCGCGGAGGUGGGGCUGUGGGUGAUCCUGCGUCCGGGCCCCUACAUCUGCAGUGAGAUGGACCUCGGGGGCCUGCCCAGCCGGUUACUGCAAGACCCCGCGUCGCAGCUGAGGACCACCAACCACAGCUUUGUGGAGGCUAUUAACAAGUACUUCGAUCACCUGAUUGCCAGAGUGGUUCCGCUGCAGUACCGCAAGGGAGGGCCCGUCAUCGCGGUGCAGGUGGAGAAUGAGUACGGCUCCUUCUACAAGGACAAGGCUUACAUGCCCUACCUUCACCAGUUCUCUCAACAGGCCCUGCUGCGGAGAGGGAUUGUGGAGCUGCUCUUGACCGCAGACAAUGCAGAUGCAGUAGCGAGAGGCCACAUAAAAGGAGUGCUGGCCACCAUCAACAUAAAGACAUUUAACGAGGACUCGUUGAAGCAUCUUUAUAAGGUGCAGAGCAAUAAGCCCAUUUUGAUCAUGGAAUACUGGGUCGGCUGGUUCGACACGUGGGGAAAUGAACACAUGGUGAGAAAUGCGGAAGAGGUUAAAAGCAGUGUGUCUGAAUUUAUCAGAUUGGGGAUCUCCUUCAACGUGUACAUGUUCCACGGGGGAACCAACUUCGGUUUCAUGAACGGGGCCACGCAUAUUGACAGGCACAGAGGCGUUGUCACGAGCUAUGACUACGACGCGCUGCUGACAGAGGCCGGGGACUACACAGACAAGUACUUCAAGCUCCAAGAACUCUUUAAAUACAUCCUCGUCACCCCUCUGCCCCUCUUACCGGAGCCCAUUCCCAAGACUGUGUACCCCUCCGUGGACCCAUCCCUUUACUUGUCAUUGUGGGAUGCCCUGCAGUACUUGAAUCGGCCGGUCAUCUCUAACAUUCCACUCAACAUGGAGAACCUGCCCAUCAACAACGGCAACGGCCAGUCCUAUGGGCUCGUGCUUUACGAGACGACCGUCUGCUCCGGGGGCCGGCUCCACUCUGACGCGCGGGACAUGGCUCAGGUGUUUUUGAAUGAGACAAGUUUAGGAAUUCUGGCUGAUGGUUUUCAGAACAUAGACAUUCCUAAAAUCACGGAAUGUCAACUUCUAAGGAUCCUGGUAGAGAAUCAAGGACGCAUCAGUUUUUCAUGGAAAAUUCAAAAUCAGCAGAAAGGAUUAAUCGGACCUGUUACUCUGAAUAACAUUCCCCUGCAGAGUUUCACCAUCUAUUCUCUAGAAUUAAAAAUGAGCUUCUUCAAGAGGCUCCGCUCUGUCUCCUGGAAGCCUGUCCCGACUCACUCCCUGGGCCCUGCCUUCUACCUGGGCACCUUGAAGGUGGGCUCUUCUCCCCAGGACACCUUCCUGACGCUCCCGGGCUGGCAUUAUGGAUUUGUGUUCAUCAAUGGGCAUAACCUUGGGCGAUAUUGGAACAUUGGGCCUCAGGAGACCCUUUACCUUCCUGGUGCCUGGCUCCAGCCAGGGGACAAUGAGAUCAUCGUGUUUGAGAAGAAGAAGCGUGGGCCAUACAUCCACACCACAGACAACCCCAGGUGAUAGGACUGGGUUCUGACACGCUUCUUGGCUUGUUGGAGUUCAUCCACAGGCAGUUUUUCAGGAGGAAGGUUUACAUCAAGAAUAUCAAAUACACACUCUGUGUGUUAUAUAUGAACGAUGUCAAGAGAGUAAAUCCUGAGUUCUCAUCACAAAGAAAAAACCUUUUUUUCUAUUUCUUUAAUUUUGUACUAUAUGAGGUGAUGGAGGUUCACUAAACUCAUUUUGGUCAUUAUUUCAUGACAUAUGUAAGUGAAAUCAUUAUGGUGCACACCUUAAAUGUAUACAGUGCUGGUGUCAAUCAUAUCUCAAUAAAACUGGAAGGAAUAAAAGAUGUAAGGGACAAGGGCCCAUGUCCCUCCAGAACCCCAGUGCCUGAAUGAAGGCAGAAUUAAGUCUUGUCCACCAGUGUGUCCCCAGCACCCAGCACAGAGCACGAGCUCAAUGAGGCAUCCUGAACAAUUUAGCCACCUGUCCGCUCGGCGUAGAAGGACGUGACAGCAUUUCAGGGGAGGGACACGAGUGAGGGUCAAAUGGUCUCGUAUGUUCUGAGAAUCACAAAUAACCUGUUACAAGGUUCACGUCAGGACAACUUCUCCCCUCAAAGCAUGUCACUGUCACCCUGUUCCUUCCUCAGCAGUUUCAAGAAAUUAAACCAUUCACAGUUUGUA